AUGCAAGGCGACACAUUUAUCUGUUCUCAGACUGGUGCCGUUGCAGGUCAAUAUGUCGUGAGCGGAGAUGCCUAUAUUGAGGCUGCCUACGAGUAUUCCUACUCUCAUGUCUGGAGAAACUUUGGUAUCAUGAUCGCAUUUCUGAUUGGUUUCAUGAUCAUGUACUUUGUUGCUGUUGAGGUCAACUCCUCGACCAGCAGUACUGCCGAGGUCCUGGUAUUCCGCAAGGGACAUGCACCCGCUAACCUCACUGGACAAGUCAAAGAGGGUAACAAUGACGAAGAAGCACCGGCCCAAGGUGCUGCUACAUCGAACGAUCAUACAGAGGGCGACAAUGUCGACGCUAUUCCUGCUCAAAAGGACAUCUUUACCUGGAGAGACGUGGUUUAUGACAUCAAGAUCAAGGGCGAGCCUCGCAGACUUUUGGAUCAUAUUUCUGGUUACGUCAAGCCUGGCACUCUGACCGCACUUAUGGGUGUCAGUGGUGCUGGUAAAACGACUCUAUUGGAUUCUCUUGCACAGCGUACAACCAUGGGAGUCAUCACUGGUGACAUGUUGGUCAACGGAAAGCCUAUCGACGCCAGCUUCCAAAGAGGCUGUGGUUAUGUACAACAGCAAGGUAAGAACAGAUGGACCAACAAGGGGGUCCAAGGAAACAUGAGCCACUCACCACCUCCCCGCGUGCGAAUGUUUGUAACGCGUGCGGCCAUAAAAACACAUAGUUCUAUCUGGAAAUAA